AUGUCUAGAACACUAACAUUAGGUGUGCGAGGGUUUCGCCAGUCGCGAUGGGUCCAGCCCCAAUCCCAGAGGGCCUCGCUCUCGACCGCCGCGCAGCACCCUGUCCGGUAUACCAGUGGCAACGCCUCGAAUACACCGGCUGAACCAUUUCGGCCCGUACCCACGAGUCCACUCUCUCUGAUUCGAUCCUACUCGCAAUCACCGCGCCUGGCGAGAAGUGCCGCGCCACGCCCCGGCGGAGCGGCCGAAAUUUACGUCGCAUACGGCAUGACCCAGAAACUCUUCGAGGCCUGCUCCAGCCAGGCCGAUUAUCAGAUUCCACAGAUAUCCCAGAAGGGAGUUCCUGUGCCUAAAACAGAAGCUGGUGAAGACCUGGGCGUGGGUGAGAGUUGGUGGUUUAAAGAACUCGGUCUUCUGCCAACCUUUUCCACCUGGUCGCAAGUGACCUUUCUCCACAUGUAUCUAUUGACUGUCCGGCUUCGCGCGCUUCCGUCCCGCGACAGCGUCCAGACCUACUCCCGCCACCUGAUCGACCACUUCUCACAUAACGCAGAGCACCGGAUGGAUGAGCUCCAUGAUAUUAGCAGCCGCACCAUCCGGAACAAGUACCUCAAGGAUCUAUUUAUUCAGUGGCGCGGUGUGCUGGCUGCCUACGAUGAAGGUCUGGUCAAGGGCGACGCGGUGCUGGGUGCUGCUAUCUGGCGAAACUUGUGGAAGGCUAGUCCGACGGGACCCGAUGGUCAGGAACUGAACUGGUCUCAGGUCGCAUUGGUAGUGGCGUAUAUGCGGCGGGUCCUGUCGCAACUCUCGCAAGUGAGUGAGGCUGAUAUGGUCUUUACUCUCAGCGGCAAGGACAGGGGCACUAUCUUUGGAUACUCGGAGGCAGAUCGGAAACUUGUCGAGUCCAGCCGGUGA